UUUCAACUGAUCUCAGAUCAAAGAAUUGUAGAGGCAGAUUCUCCAAUUCCAUCCAUUCCGCCAUGGCCACGCCGUCCGAUCCUUCGAACCAAGAAGCUGUUGUAAGAAGGAAGAACAAUGGACCUCCUUUUAAGUUCCUCUUUCCUCUUGUAUAUGCCCCUGUACUCCCUCUAAUUCGUAUAGGGCUGCGGCAUAGACCCGUCUUGAGAGAUCGUUUGUUUACUGCUGUGUUGGCCGGGGCCUUUGCUCAUGGUUUCUAUUUGGUAACAGAUCUGUAUGAUAUUGAGAGCAAGUGAUUUUGCAGAGCAUGUUUCAAACAAUUCAUCGGUGUCAGUUAUCACAACCUCAGGUCCUCAAUAAAAUUUUUUGCAAUUAUUUGCAGCUCAACAUAUCCCGGUAACAUCUUAAAUUUAGGUCAAUUUUGAACAUGGAUGAAGAUAUUUUUAACUGUUUUGGAAGAUUAUUAUGCUAUAUACUCUUUUGAGAGUUGCAUCUUGUAUUGUGGUUUUAGCUUUUUGUAGAAUGACUGUGGAAGAGUGUUCUUGGAUCUCAAAUUGCUGUAAUGCCAGCAAAAGCAUCCUAUUUUUCUCACCUGAUGUCAAAUUGUCAUUGCUCUUUCUUCUCAGUUUGAUGUUGACUAGCAUAUAAUUAGAGGGUCCAUGU